AUGAGCAGUCCGCCGAGCCCUUCUCCGUUCCGAUGGUUCAAAGCCCUGCAAAGGACCAGGCUGGGGGAGCCCUGUCUGAAGACAUAUCCUCUUGAGUGUGAGGAUCUGCUGAGGAGAGCGAGAGUCGCCUUUAAAGCGGGACGCACCAUCAAGGAGGUCUUCAGACUGGCUCAGCUAGAGGCUUUGGUGCGGAUGCUUGAGGAACACGAGUGUGAUUUUGUGGAUGCUCUUGGAAGGGACCUCCAUAAGCCAAGGUUUGAGACAGUUGUGUCGGAAUUGAUUCUGGUCAAGAACGAGGCGCUUCAUGCCAUCAACAACCUUAAGAAGUGGAUGCAGCCGCAGCACAUGGAAAGAAACCUGUCAACCACGUUGGACGAGUGUCUAAUAUCCAGUGAGCCGCUGGGGGUGGUGUUUAUCAUGGGGACCUGGUGCAGUCCAGUCCAAACGUGUCUGGUGCCGCUGGUAGGGGCCAUCGCAGCAGGAAACUGUGCAAUCAUCAGCCCCUGUGAGUGGACCGCUCACACGGCAGAGCUCCUUCAUCGUCUCAUCCCCUUCUUCUUGGACAAUGAAUGUUUCCAUGGGAUUCUGGCUGGCACGAAUGACCUGCCUGAAGUUGUGGAACUUAAAUUUGACCAUGUGUUCUUUACAGGCAACAGGGAGGAGGGUAGCAGGAUUGCGCAGGCUGCAGCUUGUACACUCACACCCGUCACCCUGAUUUUGGGUGGCAAGAACCCAUGUUAUGUGGACCAACACUGUGACAUUUCCACCACCGCACAACGCAUCACUUGGGCUCGUUUUCACAAUGCUGGACAGAGUUUGGUGGCUCCUGACUACAUCCUGUGCCACACAGAUGUCCAAGCACGGCUAGUGCAGGCCCUGAAGUGCUGCCUAAUGCAGUUCUACGGCUCUGAUCCCAUAGAGUCCCGCAGCUAUGGCCGCAUGGUCAAUCUAGAGAUCUUCAAUCAUACAAGAAACGUGCUGUGGAGAUCUGGCAAGGUGGCUGUUGGUGGCCAAGUCAUAGAAGCAGAGAAAUAUAUCGCCCCAACGAUUUUGACGGGGGUAGCAGAAUCAGAUCCCAUCAUGCAACAGGACAUUUUGGGCCCAGUUCUUCCUAUUCUGACUGUAAACAAUAUGGAGGAAGCAAUUGCUUUCAUUAAUAAGCAAGAUAAACCCCUCUGUGUGUAUGCAUAUUCCACCAACAGCAAGGUCGUCUCAAGGCUAAUGAGUGAGACAUCUAGUGGAAGCUUCUGCUCCAAUGACAGCAUCCUGCAGAGUCUGAUGGUGGCUCUGCCAUUCGGUGGAGUUGGUCCCAGUGGAAUGGGUUCCUACCAUGGCCGCCAAAGCUUUGAUACCUUCUCUCACAGGAAAUCAUGCCUGCUAAGAGGCACACGGUUCGAGUGUGUAACCUAUCUGCGUUAUCCACCCUAUGAGGACCGCAAUCUGUCUCUAAUGACAUGGGCCACUACCCUGUCCCAGAAGAGCCAGGGCUGGUGCCAGAUCCUAUGA